UCACCCAAGAAGCCCAAACCCCCCUCCCUCCCGCGGCAGCCAUGCGCCCGCUUAUCCGAAGCGCCUCCAGCCACCUCCGCGCUCGUGUCCGCGCCAUGGCCACGCUCCCCGCGCCCCACGCCGCGCGCUGCUCCCCUUCCCGCGGCCCCGCGCGGGCCCCUGGUCCUCGCCCCCCGCUCGCGCGCUUCCUCCACUCCUCACCUCCGCCGCCGCCGGCGCUGCUCCGGCGGAGGGCGCUCGGGACGUCUGCCGCGGCCGCCGCCGUGGAGGUGGGCGGCGUCAAGAUCGCGCGGGAGGAUGUUGUGAAGGAAGGGGACCCGACAAACAAUGUCCCGGACACAAUUUACUCAAAGAUUGGCCUGCAGCUGCAUAGGAGGGAUAAUCACCCUCUAGGGAUUCUGAAGAACACUAUUUACGAAUACUUUGAUAAGAAUUUUUCUGGGCUGUUUAACAAGUUCGAUGACCUAUGUCCUCUUGUUUCUAUCAGGCAGAAUUUUGAUGAUGUCCUGGUCCCUGCUGACCAUGUGAGCCGGAGUUACAAUGACACAUACUAUGUUGAUGCUCAAACUGUCUUAAGGUGUCAUACCUCUGCUCAUCAAGCAGAGCUGCUAAGGGAUGGACACACACAUUUCCUUGUAACUGGGGAUGUUUAUCGUAGGGAUUCUAUUGAUUCAACUCAUUAUCCAUGCUUCCAUCAGAUGGAGGGCUUCCGUGUCUUCUCUCCAGAUGAAUGGUCGGGUUCUGGCAUGGAUGGGACAGCAUAUGCAGCUGCAGACCUCAAGAAAACACUGGAAGGCUUAGCAAAACAUCUAUUUGGUGCUGUGGAAAUGCGAUGGGUUGACACAUACUUCCCAUUCACUAACCCAUCCUUUGAACUCGAGAUAUAUUUUCAGGAUGAUUGGUUGGAAGUUCUGGGAUGCGGAGUCACUGAGCAGGAGAUUUUGAAAAACAAUGGCAGGACAGAUCAUGUGGCAUGGGCCUUUGGACUAGGUUUGGAGCGCUUAGCGAUGGUCCUGUUUGAUAUUCCAGAUAUUCGACUCUUUUGGUCAAAUGACAAGCGAUUCACAUCCCAGUUCUCAGAAGGCAAGCUUGGUGUCAAGUUUAAGCCAUUUUCUAAGUUUCCACCUUGUUACAAGGAUAUGAGUUUUUGGAUCAAUGAGGAAUUUACAGAGAACAAUUUGUGUGAGGUUGUCAGAGGAAUUGCUGGAGAUCUUGCAGAGGAGGUAAAACUAAUUGAUAAUUUCACCAACAAGAAAGGAAUGACGAGUCAUUGCUAUAGGAUAGCCUAUAGGUCAAUGGAACGUUCACUUACAGAUGAGGAGAUCAACGACAUGCAGUGGAAUGUCCGAGAAGAGGUGAAAAAUAAACUGAAAGUCGAGUUGAGAUAAAAUAGAGCUAAUUCAUGUGUUCAAGAAGAAAUUGAUUGUGACCAUUUUCGUAUGUACAUUCAUUGGAAAGUGUAUUGAUAUAUGGAGAAAAUUCAUCAGUUCUUUCUUGAUCCUUGUAUUCUGCUGAGAUAAGGGAAAAAAAAAACCUAGCAUCACUGGCACGUAUGACUGUAACAGUAAUAAGACUGCUCAAUUUUGAAUCAAACCAAUAUACGGAGAAACAAAAUAAACAGCCAUUUUGCA